GUGAUCAAGCACACAACUAAACUACAGGAAGGCCAUUACCAGUUUUCUGUUUUCUUUAACAGAGUUGGUGUGGACCUGGAUGAAGAUCUGAAGGAGGAGCCCUCCUCACACCAGGAAGCAAGUAACUUGGAUAAAAGCACAACAAAAGCAGAGAGUGUUGGGCUCUUCCAAAUGUGGUAUGGCUUUGACCACAAAUAUCUGAAACCAAUUUUAACCCACUCUGGUCCUCCACUGACCACAACGUUACCUGAAUGGUGCCAUCCAGUUUCCAGACUGUUCACCAGUCCUCAGGCCUAUGGGGAACAGCUCAAGGGGGAGGAUGUGGAAUGCAUUGUGAAUCAGGAUGAGCUAACCAUGAAUGACCAGGAGCAAUCCUUCUCCCCUUGCAGUCCUCCUGCAAGGCUGGGUCUGGGCAAGAAAGUGUUUUCCCAGACUCCAAACAAGGAAAACAUUUAUGAGGGGGACCUUGGCCUAGGAAGCUAUGAGCUCAAGCUUGAGCAAGCUCCGGGUCAACCCAGCUGAAUUAAUGGGCACCAACAGCAAAGAUGUGAUCACAGCCAUGCAGGGCUCACUGGGGAAAACAAGCCAAGCUGAUGCGGUGGCAUAGAGGAGAGACUGGAAAAUAUAUAAAGAGUGCAAAUUGGAUAGAAUCAAGCCCUUUUCAUAUGUAUCCUCCGGUGCCUAAAGAAAUGAGAAUUUAUCAUUGUUCCUCUAUAUUAUACAACGGAAUUUAAAUUUGGCAGCAGCCAUUUUUAUCAAUGAAUUGGGUGGGGUGGGGAAGGUGGAAGAGCCUAGCUUCUCCUGAAAUAUAGAUGUUAAUAAUAGACUCCAAAAGCUAUUACAGUCUGCUUCAGGGAGGUAGAGAAUGACAUCUUCCUCCUGGAGCUGGGAAUUAACAUAUGUUUUGCUGACCAGUCAUCAGGCCUUAAACAUUAACCAUUGUGGUAUUAAGCACGCUG